GAAAUGAUUGAUACCCUGAAUCUUUUCAUGUCUCCAUUUCCGCAUUGUGUCGUGAUGUGAGUCGUAACUUUUCGAAACCGUAAUAUUGCACAGUUGGAACGUAUUUGUGGCGAGGUGUACAUUAGUUCUAACACGCAACUCAUUUGUUCAGGAGUAGAGAAACCGCAAACACAGUGCUGGGUGAUUGGAGGAUCACUUUGGUGACGUCACAGGAAGUCAUUACAUCAUCAAUUUGGAUUCUAAUCUUCCCAGCUGAGACACCCGUCAUUUCUUGCCAUGGCUGGGAUGAUCAACCGUAUGAGGCAGAAAAAAGCACCAGAGAGUCCUAAUUCAAGGGCAGCAGAUUGGAGUAAAAAUGGCACUUUUAUUAACAAACCAGCAAGAGGUUGGUUGCACCCAGACGACAAGUUACUCCAUGGCGGUGUAUGCUACGGAGUUCGUUAUGUUGGCUGUCUGGAAGUUAAACAGUCCAUGAGAACAUUACAGUUUGAUGUACGAGGACAGGUUACAAAAGAGGCAAUUCAUCGAGUUUGUGAGUCUGCUGGAUUCAAAAAUGUUAACAAGAAAAGGAAGGUUAAUAAAUCUGUUGGUAAAAUUUUAGGUGCCCUUCCAAAUAUACAGUUUGGCGGUGCUAAUGUAAACCUUACUAUUUCCACUAACAGUAUCAAUCUUAUGAUUAUGGAAACUGGACAGAUAAUUGCCAAUCAUCAGAUGCAGGGUAUUUCAUUUGCGUCAGGUGGUGAUCCGGACUGCAUAGAUUAUGUUGCAUAUGUUGCCAAGGAUCCAGUAAAUGGAAGAGCCUGUCAUGUCUUGCAAUGUGCUGGGGGACUGGCUCAGGAUGUUAUAACUACAGUUGGUCAAGCAUUUGAAUUAAGAUUUAAAGAAUAUUUGAGAAAUCCUCCAAAAGCAGUAGCCCUACCAGAUAGAAUGGAGGUGCCCAUUUUUGAAGAAGGGGUGUCAGCAUGGGGCGAUGAGCCACAAUACUACAAUGAUAUAAGUAAGCUUCCACCAAUUCCAAAACAGUCCCAACCAGUUCCUCCACCACCAGGGUCACAUUACCAGAUACCAAGUAGUCUUCCCGCAAGCAAUGGGGUCUAUUCUUCAAUAAAAGAUGCUCCUCCAGGUAGAAGUCCGCGGGUUGACGGUGAGGCUAUAUACGAUAAUAGAACAGAACCGAAUUUAAUUGAUUUUGAAGCCGAAGCUGCCAUACCUACUGGAGAAUAUACAAAUGAUGACAGCAAAAAUGAUGAUUAUGUAAUUGAUAGUGAUGGGAAAACACAAUAUGCAAAUGAGGGAGACAAAAAAAUUCCAAGGGCUAUUAAAGAGAAAGAAAAAGUCAAAGCCGCAAACACCUAUGUAAAGAGUCCUGAGUUGAAAGUAAUAAAACGAAGCACUAGAAAAGCAGAAAAGCAGAAAAAUGUCUAUGAAGUCUGUGAAACAAAAGCCAGUGCAGCUUAUGACCGUCCCAAUAUGGCCAAAGCAUCUUACGAUGUGCCCAAACCUCCUGUUAGUGCGUUUGAUGAUUCUAUUUACACGUUACCACAAGAACUGCAUGGCAGUGGCAGAGGUGAAACGGGUGAUGACGCUAUCAGACCAAUGGAGACGACAACAUCACAAGACAACAUACAACAGUCAGCAGCAUCGUCAAUCUUAACUACAGAUGUUUUUGACAUGGAGCCUUUUAAGCCUCCAGAUGGCCAAGCAGCAUCCGGGGGUUCCGGAGAGGCCGAAGCCAGGGCCGAAGCCAGGGCCGAAGCCGGGGCUGCUCUAUCACCCAAUCCACAGACAAUGGAUCAUGAAGAAUGGUUCCAUGGUCCAUUGUCACGGAAACAGGCUGAAGUAUUACUUGAAGAAGAUGGUGAUUUCUUAGUGAGAGAGAGUACGACUACGGCUGGUCAAUUUGUACUAAGCGGUGUGCAGGGUGGUCAUUGUAAACAUUUACUACUGGUUGAUCCUAAAGGAGUGGUGAGAACAAAAGACAAAGUAUUUGACAGUGUCAAUCAUCUAAUAAGUUAUCACCGUGACAACAAAGUUCCUAUAAUGUCAGCAGGUAGUGCAGUGAGGCUAAGUCAACCAGUCUUGAGGCACUGAAAACAGUAGGAAGUUUUACAGUCGUGACUUAAUCUUGAAAACAAGGAAUGCCAUUGGCCAAUGGUGGACCAACUUACGCAUUUAACAUGAGUCGGAAUCGAUCAGUGAUGUGAUUAUCAAUAAUCUGACAAAAAUUUGCGACUAUGAUCAGAAGGAAAGGCUUCAUGUUUGUCUAUUUUUUUAGUUUCUAUAUUUGGGACCAUAAAUUUACAACAAAAUUAUUAUUUCUAAAAGUACACUAUCUGUAAUUUCACAUCAGCAUGUAUGUUUAUUCAUCACAUUUUAUAUUCCUAUCUACAAAAAAGUGCUUCUAAACAACACAUAUUUGGAAUUGUUCAGUUGGUGGGAAAACUUUUGAAUCAAUAUUUUAUAUCAAAGACAAGAGAGUUAUUAUACGAGGCAUGUGACAUAGAGGGCGCUAUUCAAACUUGUAAGGCAGCCUCAUUGGAUUCUGAAUGUUGUCU